AACUUUAUCUGCUUUCAGCUUCCCAUUGGACGAAAAAUCUCGGAGCUCUGCAGCAAUGGAGGCGAGUGCGAACGAACCAGCUAUCAAAAUCCUGAAAUCAUCUCCGUCAGGACCGAUACCGAACUUUUUUGUUUCCCUAUCAUCGGCAUUUACGCAAACACCUCUCGUGCGUCCGAACAAACCCAGUUUGCUACUUCUACCACCAGCUUCAGACUCCGUCAAAUUGAUUCAAGACCUCCAUCGUUCUCUUGUCUCUGUCACUGAGAAAUUCUCAGGGUUCUUCCAUUCACUCGCCUCUAGAAACCCUUUAUUUCAAGAAGCUGUUCGCUUGUCCUCCGAGUUUCGCUGUCUUUGCGACGAGAUUCGUUUGAGAAACACUACAAGGGUGAGUUUUGCGAUGGCUAAUCACGGGUUUGCAGCGGUUCUGCCUGGAGAUUCAGUUGCAGGACUGGUGGUUGCUAACGGGUUGAUAAACUUCCUCAACAUAUAUAGCAACGUCCUUGUUGUCCGUCUAGUACUCACCUGGUUCCCUACUGCUCCUCCUGCCAUUGUUAGCCCCCUCAGCACUUUAUGCGAUCCAUACUUGAACAUAUUCCGGGGAGUCAUACCGCCUCUAGGAGGAUUGGAUUUGUCUCCCAUUUUGGCCUUCCUUGUUCUCAACGCCUUCACCAGCAGUGCUAUGGCGCUUCCUUGUGAGCUCCCUCCAGCGGAAGGAGCCGCUUCUCCGUCAUCUCUGGAGACAAAGUGGAUGAGAAGGAGAAGGUUGACCAGCAACAAGGACCAUAGACCCAGCUCUGCUUCCACUAACUGAACCUUUCUAAAAUCUCUACUCUUUUCUACACUUCAAAUGUGAUAUUGUACCGUUUUGAGUCUUUGAAUAAAAAGACUUGUGUCUCUGAUAUACAUUCACAACUCUUUGUAAGGUUUGGCAAUCUUAAAGACAAAAUGGGAGACAGUUUACACAGAAAGAGAAGAGAGAAAGCUUUGUCUGUAGAUUUCCACUGGUUCAAAGGAAUCUUUUGUUUUUAGUGAACUACACAAGACAUUGUAACGACUGUUAAUCUAUUUGUAGCUUCUUUACUAUAAA